AAAGCUCACCCAUGAAUGGACAAAACAUUGCAAACUCUUCCCAGAAAGAUCCCCAGGCUGGUAUUCAGUCCAGCGACCUUCUUGCUGAGAGGCAUCAGCUUAAGCUUUAAAAGCUUGGCUAAAAUGGUUGACGUUGUUUCACCACAAACAAUACCAUCAGAAAAUGAGGUUCACAUAGCAAGGAGCUUCCUCACCAAGAUUUUACGAAGCUCUAUGAGGAAAAACCACUUCAGGGGGAAAAAUGAUCCAGGCUUGCGGCCUCAUUCCUGGCAUGCUUCCAAGCUGACAGAAGAAGCCGGGUGUGAAGCCACUCCAGCAAAACAUGACGCAAGGCCAAAAGAGUCAUCUCCUCAAGGAGACCAGAGGACCCAGUCAACAGAUCGAAGCUCAGUGAACAAUAUGGAGAGGUUUGAACAUUUCUCCAAUCCUUUCUCUCCAGGUCAGCUUGCCCCACAUAAAUAUGUUGGCAGUGCUGACCAGCUGCAUGGCUCAGGAGGCAAGAGAAAUGCAGGGUUCAGCUGCUUCUCCAGCAGCUCCAGCCCUACUGUUCACAGCUCCAGCAUGUCUGUUAGGAAGGGUACAAGUGCUGAAAACAUUUUCUUUAAGGGCCUUCAGAGUGAAGAAUUUCAGCAGAGUGAGAGGCACAGGUACCUGCAGCCAGCUCUUGGGAAUGGAGGCUGGGAGGAGUCACAGUUCGAGGAGCAGCCUGCAUCUCAGGUUUCCAAUGCAGGGAGACCCAGUGUUGGCCCAGUGAGGCAGGUACCAGAGAAGAAAAGGUCCCAGUCACCUCCUCCCCCUCCCCCUCCCCUCCGCAGUGAUAGCUUUGCCGCCACAAAGGUGUUCCCUUAUUCUGAAGGGCCGUCAGCUCCAACAAAGAAUCAAGGCCGAUGUUUUGAAAAACUGACAGAAAACAAACAAAACUGCCUUAGAUUUCAGAACCACAACCAACUGCACCCCAACAAACUCUUCUCCUUGUCCAGCAGUGACAUUAGCCAGUCUCAUUACACCCAACUACCUGCUCACCUGAGGCAAUGCAGCGAUGAAAGUCCUUUCCACCUGCAGACCAGGACUGCUCCUCCCACAAAGACACAAAGUGUUGGAAGCUACUAUCGCAGCCUUCAAGAUCUGCCCACCAAUGCUUUUAGUCACAAACAGGUUCGCCACUCCACAGCAUUUAUGGCAGCCUGUGCUCCAAACACAAGUCCAGAGAGUGAGGGACACAGCAGAUAUUAUGGUCUGGCAGGUAAACAUCCAGUCCUGUUCAUUGAGCAUAUGGCCAGGCAGAGCAAAUCACAUGGUUGGAGGGGGGAGACAGAGAAACCCUUUUGGGUGAACAGCAGUGAAGUAGGUUUCUCAAGUUUACUAAAGACAAACUUUAAAGCGAAGUACCCUGGACUCCAGUCCCAGAUACCCCACAGUGAAAAUAAAGAGCACAAUGCCAGUUCACAUGCAGGGAAUGGUCUUCACUAUGAAAACCAGACCUAUGAAGAUUCUAUUCAAAGCCACAGCCAAGAAGAUUCACUAAAGGGAUACUUUGAUAUGAAAAGGUUAUAUCCAACAAAUCAGAAUAAUGAUCAUAAGCUUAGUUUUUCAAGACUCCAAGACCCUUGGAUACCUCAAGAAGACCACAGAAUAUCUCCCCUAAAAACUCCACUUUUGCACUCCUUGACCCAAGAGAGCAGGAGUCUAGUCGAGAAGCAAUCGGCAGCUUUAACAACGUCAGUUAUGUCCAUCGAGGAGGUUGGUGAUACCAUGACCACUAGCAGUGGAAAAUUAAAUCGUCGCAGUGACCGUUAUGCCACCACCCUUCGUAAAGAGAUCCAGCAGAAGAGAGCACAGCUGCAGAAGAGUCGCAGUGCUGCAACCCUAACUCAUGAGGCAGAGGACAAGGAUGUAAAUGAGUGGAGAUUCGCAGAGGCUUCCUCAAAUACCUACAAGGAUAAUUUAAAGGAGGCACAAGCAAGGGUCCUCCAGGCCACCUCCUUCCAAAGACGAGACCUUGAGCCCCUGGGUCCAGAGGGAUCAAUUCUCAAAGCAUCCAAUGAACACAUUAAAGGACAUAAACGGUUCCACCCAGCCAAAAGGACACACUCCUUCUCAGAGCCUGAUAAAAUUGACAAAGUAGGAGUGGAAGAAAAAUCCCAAACCAUCUUGGAUUCAGAAAGGAAAUUCUCUGAGACCAAAACAACACUUUCCAGGCCUGUGAUGCAGUUAGCUCCUGGUCCAAACCUGAGCACAAAUCUUGAUGAAUCAAACAAACCAAAAGAGAUAUCUCCCUCCAGUGAUCCUGAGGAAACUCACCAAACCACAGACCCCAACCAUCUAAGUCCUUGGCAUAAACAGGUCUUACUGGAGCAACAGAGGUUGGGGACCUUUGCUGAGUACCAGGCCACAUGGAGCAAGCAGAAGAAGCCAUCAGACGCCAAAACACAAGGAAGAUAUCACUCAGCGGAGAACAUCCUUGAUGCAAGUGAAGAUGAGAAGGCCAUCUGUGUCCAUGAGAGGUCCAGAUCUUCACCUUCUGCAGAUUUUUAUGCACAGAAUAUUCACUCUCAGUGGAUAGAUCCUGAGGAACAGCCAAGCAGUUUAACCUCCAGAGAAAAGGUUGAGAGCAGGUCAUCUGACCACAGCCCACAGUCGGUCACGUCAGUCCAAAGAACUGAGGGGUUUGUUCCAGGCCUCCCUGACCACAGGACCAAAUGUGACCGUGCUGGUUCCUCCCACACCACACUCUCCUCUGGAUGUCGUAGCAUCAGCCCCAACCCUGAUUCCAAGCAGCCACAAACCCAAAGCCUGCUGCCACCACCCAGGCCCCAUUUAGGUCCAGAAACCACAUCCUCUUCCCAGGAAUACCUCAGUGGCGCCCAGUCGGACCAGGCAGCACUCCAGCCUCUGUCCAUCUCUGGUUCUGACAGCCAGCACCAUGCAGAUGUGCAUCUGCAUACUGCUGGCUCCACCCAGACCAGUUUCUCCAACCUUAAAUCAAAAUCUGGACCAGACCUGAGUGUAGAAACCAAGGAGGAGAAGGAACAACCAGAACUACCGUCUUCUUCUCCAUCAUCCUCUUUGACAAAUCUGUCGCAAUUUCCUUCCCUUCUGUUUGUGCCCCUCAGGCUGACCAACAAACCACCAGCCGUGUCCGUGCAGGAUGACUCACAUCUCAGGUCAGAAACAGAACCUCAUGUCCUAGCAGUGAUGGAUGUAAACAGUCCAGUAACAGUAAAGAAGGUCCCCGUCAGAAUUAUCCACAAUGAAAGCAGCUCAGGUCAAGAGGGACAAGUCCACCUGCAUCAGAGCAGUAAGGCCUGCAGCAUCCCUGAACCUUCGCUCCACAUCUCUACUCAGAGCACCACAGAACACCCAGUUUCAUCCUCAUUCCUCACCGCCACUUGCCAACCUGAACAGGAACCAGAACAUGGUUCAGAGUUGAGUCAGGAGUCCAGGUCAGCUGAUGACCAGCAUCUUGAGGAUGAGGCCAAGAGAGAAGAGCUGGCCAGGGACAUCAUGGACAAAGACAAGUCUCUGGUGGAGAUCCUGGAUCAAAGUGGAAGGAAAACUACCAUGGACCUGAUGGAGGGACUCUUUCCCCCAGAGGAGAUGAUCUUGGAGGGGGCCCAACAGCGGAGGAGGGCAUCUGCAGUGUCCAGGCUGCCCACCUCAAACAGGAGGGAGGAAGAGGAUGUGUCUUUAUCAGCCUCAGUCUCCCUGGUCCCCAGCUCCUCCUACUACAACACAUCUGCUCCCAAAGCCGAGCUCCUCAUCAAGAUGAAGGACAUGCAGAAGCAGCUGGAGGAGCAGGACUCCGAGGAUGAGCGGGAUGUGGACCUGGCCAGUAAAAAGCAAGAGUUAAUCUCCAGCCUGGCGAGGAAACUGGAGGUGCUGCGGGAGGCGCAGCAGAGCUUGCAGGAGGACAUGGAGGACAACGAGGCUCUGGGUCGGGACGUGGAGGCUACCGUACAACGUCUCUGCCAGCCCAACCAGCUCGAGAAGUUCUGCAUGUUUGUGGGUGACCUGGAUAAGGUGGUGAGCCUGCUACUGUCACUGUCAGGGCGACUUGCUCGAGUGGAGAAUGCCCUCAAUAGCCUGGAGUAUGAAGCUCCACCAGAGGAGAAGCGAACCCUGACAGAGAAACGGAAGCUGCUGAUGAGGCAGCACGAUGAUGCCAAGGAACUGAAGGAGAACCUGGACCGUCGGGAGCGUCUGGUGUCCAUCAUCAUGGAGACCAAGCUGGAUGCAGGGAGCCUGGACGACUACAGACACUUUGUGAAGAUGAAGUCUGCGCUCAUUAUUGAGCAGCGAAAGCUGGAAGACAAGAUCAAGCUGGGUGAGGAGCAGCUGAAGUGCCUGAUAGAAAGUCUGCCGCUGGAGCAGAGGCCCCUGCUGUGAUUUAAAACCAGAUGAAAAGGAGGAAUUCUUACUUGUGAAGAGAUAAUUUGAAUUUUUGAUAUGAAUGUAAAAUAUUGUUGAGUUAGGUUUAGAGCUCAAAUUAAGUUGUUUGUCAAAAAUUAUUGCAACCGGAUUUAAAAUGUUUUUUCUGCUUCAAAAGACUGUUGUGUUCUAGUUUGUGAGUAAUCUUUAAUGUUUGUUCUGAUUUGAAAGAGCAAAACUGAGAGAAUAAACAAAAUGCAGAAUGCAGGAUACUCAAACGUUUUUAACUGCCUAAAGAAAACAGAUUGGCAGUAUAUGGAGCAAUCUCAUUCAUUAUUUCUCCCCUUUAAUUGUUCAGAUUAGAAAACGUUUGGAAGCUAUUAAAGAGUCAAGAUACAGUAUAUUUAAUGUGUCAGAUGCAUUGAAACUGUACAUAAAAUGUUUAAUCUAUAUUCAUUUUGCGAACAAAUAUUUCUUUUGUUGUAUUUUUGUUGAAUUGUUCUUUAUUUAUAGCAUCAAAGACGCUUAUCUCUUUAUGGACCAUCAUGUUCUGGAUUCAAAUCAACCCAUCUUAAAGAUACAGAUGAGAUCAAAGGAGCUGGUUAAAAAAACAAAUUUUAUAUUCCUGACUUUAUUUCUUUACAUCUUGCAAUUUCUCUUGUUUCUGUUGUUUCAUGAGCUUUUUCUCUCCUGUAAGAUGUGUAUGUUUUAUCACCAGGUGACAUUAAUAUUUAAUUAAGUAAUUUAUUGUAGCCUUUUAAAGACAUGUAUAAAGAAAUUCAGAUUGUUUCCCUUUUAAUAUAUUUCAGUAAUUUUGUUUCUCUUAUGAUUGUUUAUUAAACUGUUAAAAUCUGGUUUAGAUACA